AUGUCCACUAAGGAAAAGCACGAGUUAGUUCCCUUUAUGCACGUGCGAGUUCACACAAAACUUCAGAAACGAGCUAUCAAACAACAGAAACAAUUACAAAAUCUCCACGAUGACCAUAGAUCCGCUCCUCCCAAAAACCCUAAUUCCCUCAACUCCCGCAACAGCCGAUCCAAGCGUAAUCGAAACAGAGUCUCUUCCGAUGACGACGGAGAAGAGGAAGAAGACGAAGAUGAGCGGCGGGAGAAGAAACACAGACUCUUACGUGGAUUGAACUCUCACUCUCGACGACAUUCUACUAAUUCGCAAUCUGAUCGCGCUGCUCACCGAUCUGGAUACACGGUAGCUAUUCGAAUUGCUAUCGUUGCUAAUUUAGGGUUUAAAUUAGGGAAAGAUACUUAUGGUGUUUAUUCAGAUCCUGUUGAUCCUGAGGAGCUUCCUGAUUAUCAUGAGAUUAUUGAGAAUCCGAUGGAUUUUAGCACAUUGCGGAAGAAAUUAGACUCUGGAGCUUAUGCUAGUUUAGAACAAUUUGAGGGAGAUGUGUUUUUAAUAUGUUCAAAUGCGAUGGAAUACAAUUCAGCAGACACUGUAUAUUAUCGACAGGCACGGGCUAUACAAGAACUGGCGAAAAAGCACUUCGAGAAUUUGAGGCAAGACAGUGAUGAUGAAGAACCACAGACCCAACAACAGCAGCAGCACCUAAAAGUUUCGGAAAGAAGCCGUCCGCCAAAUAAACAGCCUGAACCAUCUUGCUUAGACCGUACUUCUUCUGAAAUUUCAGCUGAUGCGCUCAAUCCUGGAGGAGAUAGCUCUAACAAGUUUUCUGGGGCUUACAAUCUAAGAAAGACAUCGGUUAGGAUGAAUCAUGACAGUGAAACCCAAAGUGGAGAUUGGGAGAACGAGUUUCCACCUUCGGUUGUGAAGGCGGUUAACAAGUAUGGUUUGAAAAAUUUCGAUGUCGAUGAUAACAGACGCGAUACCUAUAACGACCUCUCAAAUUCUACACAAGAGCCGUGGGUUUUAACAACGCUUGAAGACGAGUUAAAACAGUUGAUUCCAGUUGGGCUUAACACUGAGUACGGUUACACGAGGAGCCUGGCACGAUACGGUGCGCAUCUCGGUCCUCUUGCCUGGAAAAUUGUAUCAAAGAGAAUCGAAACCGCUUUACCCGCUGGAAUCAAGUUUGGUCUAGGUUGGGUUGCAGAGGAUGAUCCUCCAAAACAAACGGUAUUAGUGUGGUCGUUGGGAAAACAGAGGUGUUCUGAUGAUCAUUCAGACAGAAUCAUGUCUCCAACCGCUUCAGUCUCGAGCGCUUUUAUAGGAAGCAGACAUUCGUCUUCUCAAGGAGUCAAAGAGACCGCACCUGCUAGUGUCUUAAAGCGAGAAACCGAGUUCCCAUCAUCCUCCUCGUUCUCUCGCCAGUCAGGACAGCUGAUCAAGCCUGAGAGCAGCAACGGUCUAGUCCGUGGUUUCAGUGGAUUCAGCCAAAGUCCAAGUCCGAUGAGACAGCAACAAGCAAACUUAAGCAACGAGGCAAAACCGGGCUGGCAACAACAAGGGUUGUUGUUUCCUUAUAACAAACAGGAGUUCCAUCGGUUUCCACUGGAUCUUAACGCUAGGCUUGUAGGUCCAAACUCUCCCGGCUCAAAUCAGCAGUCUUGUUCUUCCUCGUCGCAGCAUCCAGAUCUGGCAUUACAGCUCUGAAGAUUAAUGGAUCUUUGAAAGAGGAAGGAUGGAGGAAAAAGAAGAGCAAUUUUCCAUUGGCUAACCCAACCAUAUGUUUUCUGGUACGAAAAUCAAUUGUGGGAGAGGUCAUGGCCUUAGUUGUUGCGAACUUGUGGUGACAUGAAAAUAUAUAUAUGGGACAAGUGUCUCUGUUGUACAGAUUGUUGCAACAUCCAUAUUUUUAGGAGUAUUAACUAUCAAGAGAGAAUGAACAAAACAACAACAGAGAUCUUUUGUAAGACUUGCCAGCUUCCUCGGUAAUUAGGGUAAGUUUAGUGGGUGUUUCUC